AUGACUAAGCCAUUAUUUGAUAAAAUUUUAAUCGCUAAUCGUGGUGAAAUAGCUUUAAGAAUAAUGAGAACAUUAAAACAAAUGGGUAUUAGAUCAGUGGCGGUAUAUUCUGAAGCUGAUACUCAUUCAAUGCAUGUACAAUAUGCUGAUGAAGCCUAUUAUACCGGUAGUUCUCCUGCCACAGAAAGUUACUUAUCGAUCAAAAACAUUAUAAAUGCUAUUAGAGCAAGCGGCGCAACCGGAGUACAUCCAGGGUACGGUUUCUUAUCAGAAAAUGCUAAUUUUGCUAAUAUUUUAAAAAGAGAAGGAGUGACGCUAAUAGGGCCUAAUGCUUCUGCUAUUAAGAAAAUGGGGGAUAAAAUAGAAGCAAAAAAAAUUGCUAUUGAAGCCGGGGUAAGUACAGUGCCG